AUGAAUCUCUCACAGCGACUGCUACCUCUUGUGGUAUCCUCACUACUACUUCUGCUACCAGUAGUAGUGGUGAACGGCCAAGCCGCCACGACGGCGGCUCAGAGUUUACAACGAGUUCGAUUCAACUUUCGAUUUGGUUUCUUUGCCGACGAACUCACACCCGUCACGGAAGUCAUCAAGGACGAUGUGGAAGGAGUGCUGUGCCAGACGCAGUACUUUUUGAGUCAACUCCUCCAGAAUGCCACGGGCAGCAUGAGUGUCCACGCCAAGGCGACCGAGAUUGAUUGGGGAUUCCACGAAAAGGAAGAGCUGCCCGCUCAUAUCAACUUUACCAUUGAAUUCACCGACGCCAUGAUUGAGGGGGAUGUCAAUUGGGUCGAUGACCAAAUCUUGAUUGACGAAAUGGAAGCCUUGGGCGAACCGGGAUUGCAGCGGUUCAUUAUGGAAUGGGUCUGGAAGGCAGAGCCACUCGGGCUCAACUUUUUUGAAAAUGCCAAUCGCAUGGCAUUUGAUGGAAAACGACAAGAUCCCGUCGAAGGAAAUCUAGAAGAAGCCGAAUGUCCCGCCACCAUUGCACCCUCCAUGGCGCCUUCCAUGAGUCCGGCUCCCACCACGUUGGCAGAAGCCAACGCACCCUCCUUACAAGCAGGAGAGUUGCCCGGAGCUAGUGGAGCUCGUGAAGGCGCACCGUCUGCGGGAGGACCUCCCAAUGCCGGAGGACCUCCUUCGGCGGGAGCACCUGGCAAUGGCGGACCUCCUUCGGCCGGAGCACCUGGCAAUGGCGGAAAUCCUGGCGCGGGAGGAAACCCUGGAGCGGGUGGACCGGGCAAUGGCAAUGGUGGACCUCCCAGUAGUGCCGAUUCCGAUUGGCCCUUUGGUCCCAAUUACAAGGAACUCUCCGAUCUGGCUCCCAUGGCCGAUUACAGCUUGGCGUUUGCACUCUUUGCCGAAAAGGAACGUCCACCCACACAGGCCGAAGUCAAUGCCUUGAUGUGUCAAGUCAAUGCCUUUUACACGGCCGAACUUCGUCGGGCGCUCGACAAUUCCACCAUUCACGUCAAGUCCGUCUACAUUGACUACUACUUCAACGAAGGCGGUGCAGCAGACAAUGUUGACGAAGAUAUUGUCCUCAACUUUACCGCCUUUGCGUACUAUGGAGAUGAAACGCACACCCAAGUCGGCGCCGAAGAUGUCUUUCAAGCCAUGCUCAUCACCGAUACGCAACUCAAGCAUUUCGUCGAAGAAUACGUCUGGAAGAGUGAGCCUCAACAAGAAAACAUCUUUUAUCAUACCGAGUCGCUCUCCAUGAAGUCCGGCACGGAUAAUCCCGUCAACGAACAAGCCAUGCUCGUCGAAGCCAUUGGCUGCGUCAUUGAUGAGGGCGAGGGUGGUAGUGGCGGCGACAGUGGCGCCAUUCCUCCACCCGGUGGUUCCGGUCCGGGUGGCGUUGCUGUGCCCGGUGGAGACAAUCAAGGAUUGGGUGGCGAUGCCAAGUCCACGCAAAUCACCACGGCGUUCCGAGUUUCCAAUAUCGAAAAUAUCAAACAGCCCAAUGCCGUCAAGGGCGAAGGAUUGGACGCUUCGUUCCCCGUCUUUACCAAUCAAAUGGUCGAAGAAAUGACCAAGCGUACCGGCACGCGCAAUCGUCGUAACUUGAGGGUCGUGGCGGUGCCCGGUUCGGCCACGGUCGAUUUGGUCUCGGAAUUCGACUGUCCGGCCAACGCAUUGCCGGAUGUUACCUGUCACGAAGUCUUGGCCACCUACGAUGUGCUCAUGAACAGUGACGAAGAUGAAAAUCAAGUCAACCGACAGUACACGGAUGCCACCAACCGUGCCGUCAAUGAUGGAACGUACAAUAACGUCUUGCAACGCACCGUCCCCGACACUCCGCUCUACAUUGGAAUCAUCACCCGAGAGGAUCAAAUCCCGCCGGGAUCGAGAAACAACGAAGACGAGAGUGGAUGGAAGUGGUGGUACCUUAUCAUUAUCAUCCUCUUGUUCCUCCUCUUCUGCUUGCUCUGUCUCUACUGCUUGAUGGACAAGGACGACAGGGAAAAGGAAAACCCUUCGAACCAUGUGGUGGAAGAACGAGAAGUCUUGGUGGAAGAGUUUGAAGACGAAGAUGGACCCAAGGAGGAUGACGCGGACGAAGAAUUCGUGGACGAUGAAAAUGCCGGUGCCAUGGUCCCAUACGGACAGACACCCGCUCCAGCUCCUCAACCAGCAGUGGAAACAGGUGUCUUGGUCCCCUAUGAUCAAAAGGCGCACGACGAUCAAGCGCAACGCGAAAAGAUAUUAAACUCCAGCUAA